AUGCGACUCGCGUCGCGCAGUGUCCUAACCUUAGGAAGCUGUUCCAGAUGCACAGCUGGAGUAUACUCGAUUGAAUGGAAUGGCAUUAGGUUGUGGUCUGCUGCUUGUGGGCCGGCAACCAGCUCAGUUCCAGAGAAGCUCCACGUUUGCAUCGUCGGUUCUGGCCCUGCAGGCUUUUAUACCGUCGAUCGGCUUCUGAAGCGCUAUGGGGACAGGGUGCACGUGUCCAUUCUGGACCGACUACCCACUCCAUUCGGUUUGGUUCGCUCGGGAGUGGCUCCUGACCAUCAGGAUACCAAAAACGUCACCAACCAGUUUAGUUCCCUGGCUACCGACCCACGGGUCAGUUUCCUGGGCAACGUGCUGGUGGGCAGGGACGUGGACAUCAGCGAGCUCAGGGCGCUACACCACGCGGUGGUCCUGGCAUACGGCGCGGAGAGCGACCGUCGCCUGGGCAUCCCUGGAGAGGACGACCCCACCACUUCCACCAGCGCCUUGAGGUGGUCGCGGGGCGGGGGUGGUGUGUUUUCGGCACGCGAGUUCGUGUGGUGGUACAACGGGCACCCGGAUGCGCGGCACCUCCCCAUCGACCUGUCCAAGGUUCGGUCGGUAGCUAUUUGCGGUAUUGGCAAUGUGGCUCUGGAUUGUGCGCGAGUGCUGCUGUCACCUCCCGACCGCUUCACCCCCACCGACUUGGCGGCUCAUGCGCUGAGACAGUCCGGCAGUCCCCUUGGCAGUGCAGUGCGGGAGGUGCACUUGGUUGCCAGGAGGGGCCCAGUGCAGGCCGCCUGCACGCCCAAGGAGCUAAAGGAACUGCUCACGGAGUGCGGCGUGUCGGCCCGUACGGCAGCCCCCGAUCAGUUGACGGUUUCGGAGGCGGACGCGGCGGAGAUGAAGGCGACACGCCUUAAACGACGCGUGUACGAACUGGUAUCCAAGGCUCAGCAGCAGCAGCAGGGGCGCUCUCGUCGAGAUUUAUUUUUUCAGUUUUACCGCAACCCCGUGGAGGUCUUGCGGGGGCCUGAUGGCGGAGUGGCGGGUAUCAGGGUGGAGCGCACUGUCGUACGGCCCGACGGCCCUGGCGGCACCGCCGUGGCAGUUGGCAGCGGCGUGUACGACACCAUCGAAUGUCAGUUGGUACUUAAGAGUAUCGGAUACAAAUCCCUGCCAUUGCACGGAGUUGCAUUCGACAACCGCCGGGGGGUGAUACCCAACUUAGAGGGGCGUGUGCUGAAACAGGUGCGUGCGUGCGUGUCUACCUGUGACGAGGGGCUGUAUGUGGUGGGUUGGUUGAAGCGCGGUCCCACUGGCAUCAUCGGGACGAACCUCGUGGACGCGGAGGAGACGGUAGCCUGUGUGGCGGCGGAUACGGACGCGUUGUUGCGGGCCGGAGAGAAGACCCAUGGGUCGGCUGGGCCACCUGGUUUGGCGGGUUUGACGGCGCUGCUGCGGCAGCGUGGCGUGCGUGUGGUGGACUGGCGGCGAUGGCGGCUGUUGGACGAGCAUGAGGUGGCAGCGGGCCGCGCGGCUGGGCGGGUGCGGGAAAAGGAGACGGAAGUGAAGGAGAUGCUACGUGUGUGUGGAUUUUCCAUGGAGUAGCGCGAAUGGACGGUAGGGUCAGCAUGCUGCUGUGUGUACAGCAAGUGGUGAAGAGGAAGGUUACGUGGUGUUCUUUCUUUUGUCACUUAGCAGGUUUAUGUUGUUUUUCAUUUGACCUGAAUUCACCUUGUAAGGAUGAGGAUGUAGGGGUUCACGCCACCACGCUGGCCAGAUGGUGGUUCGAGCCGAUUUGUGUACGGUGAGACAAAUCGUAAAGAUCAAUGGGGCUUCGGGGUAUAGCACGGUUCCGGCUAUAGCGUCACGGCAGAGGUGCCGUCCUGGUAGUUGGGCAUCGUUAUGGGGGCCUUGUAACGUUAUACACC